ACUUCAGAGAUAGAUAUUAGAUUUAGAUAUUAGAUAACAUUGUGGUCGGAAAUUAAAGGAAGGGAAUAACCACUUGGUAAAUUCUUCCCUACUCAUCUUUUCAUCAACUGUUCUCUAAAUUCCUUCCCUAGUUCCCUGAAUCUGAAUGUACACAUCCCAUUUCCCAUGUACCUAUGCCCCUCCUUCAAAUGCCCGAACUAACCAGCCGCAACGUCAUCUGUGGAGCUCGCCAUGCGUAGCUCAGGCUUUCCAAUGUGAUGGCUGUGGUGUGUGUGCUGAUGUUGAAUUCGACUAGAAUAUCUUGUGCUUCAUAAAAAGAAGAAACAUCUGUUAUAUAGGCGUUUUCCUAAAUUCGGAUGGAUUAAUCUGAAAGCAACCAAAAAAAUGUUUUCAGAGUUGAAAAACAAUAAUGACAAAAUCGAGAAGCAGAAGUCGCUCAAAAUCACGAGACAGGGUGAGGAGAAGCAAACAUAAAAGACGCUCUAGGUCACGGUCGCGAUCGAGAAAAAAUGAAAAACAUCGGAUGCCUUCUAGUCGCAAGGAUUCUUCUGAGACUAAAUACAGGAAGAGGUCAAGAUCAUCGUCCUCUUCCAACAGUGAUUCUGAUGCUGGUUCCCGGAGAUUAAGGCUUGGUCGGAGUAAACUUAGUGAAGUCGAAAGACUCGCUGAAAUUGAACGUCAAAGAGCAGCCCAUAAUGCAAGAAUCAUGCGUCAAAAGGAACAGGAACAAAAGAUAGUGGAAGAAGAAACUGUCAAAAGAAUCGAGGAAAUGGUGGCGCAACGAGUGGCAGAAGAAUUGGAAAAGCGGAAGGACGAAAUUGAAGCUGAAGUCUUACGGCGUGUCGAAGAAGCCAAACAAAUAAUGGAACGACAAAUGCUGGAGGAGCUAGAAAGGCGACGGAAAGAGAGGCUGGAAGAAGAAAACCGCCGCGAGGAAGAGGAAAGGCGCAAACGCGAAGAGCUCGAACGGAUCGUGGAAGAGAAUAAUAAGAAAAUCGAGGAAGCCCAGCGUAAACUCGCGGAGGAACGUUUGGCCAUGGUGGAGCAAUCGAGAAAAAUGGAAGAGGAUCGACAAAGGAUGCAACGCGAGCACGAGAAACGGAUGCGCGACGAGCAAUAUUUGAUUUUGGGAAAAAAGAAUGCUCGACCCAAAUUAUCUUUUUCACUUAGUAAACAGUGAUGACUGAUUACGGGUAUCCAAGCAACCAAAUUUAAUAUUUCUCGCCAUUUCUUUCGCCUAGUAUUGCUAUGCUGUACAGAAUUUUCUUUUCACGAUAGCUCCACAUUAAUUUCAUUUCAGUCGAAUCCCAUCAUCCAUUUGACCUGCAAAUCAUGUUUUUUUUUUCAAUAAUCCUUUUUGAAAUGUAGUGCGUAGUACGUGCCCUCCGAUGUUGUGCUUUUGUUUGUAUCACCGUACCGUCAAAAUUUUCAUCAAUAUUACAGUAAUGGUUCGACGGA